AUGGGAAUCAGAGCUGUGAAAGAUAAAAAAGAUAAAGAAGCGAAACAGAAAACUAGAAAAGUUGUAGUUGAAUUCUUGGUGCAUUUUUUGUUUACAAUUGUGAGGUACGGUAUUCAGAGUGCAGUCUUCAUCGAUGGGCUAGCUUUUGACUCCCGAAUUCGAUUAAACCUAGGCCAAGUGUCGUUGCAACAUGGCAUCAACACAACAAAAACUGUAUAUUAUUGCACAAAACAUUGGUGGAAAGCAGAUUAUAUCUCUCAACAAAUAAACUUCUAUCGUGGAGUUACAUAUACAUACGGAUUUGUUGUUGUGCUCUCGGCCAUAAUUGCCAUUAUACAUAAUUUUGUUUGGCUACUCUUAUUAUGCCGGACUCAGAAGGACCCUGAUUAUCCUGAAACAGAUGGAAAGAAUCUAGUCAAGUUUGUACGGAUAAAAUUGUGCUUCAUAGAAAACAUUGUGCAUGACAUACCACUAUCGGUGUUGGCAAUUAGUGUGUUCGUGUCUCGUGUUGGUGCAAACGGUUUAGCUUGCCUCUUGUGCACUGUCAGAACUGAUUGUACUGAAAAGGAACAACUUCUUCGCAUGAUCUCCCCCGCAGCUGCAGCCGUCGCGGCGUCACUUUGCGUCAUCAGCCUUACCACAGCAUGGAGAGGCAUAAGCGUCUUCUUUAAAUGGAGCUACACCAAGGAAUGCCCACUUGUCACGGUUCGCGGCUGUGCGUCAGUAUUCGCUGGACUUAUUUAUGCAGUCUUAAUCUUAACACCCGCCUUUUUUGCUAUCAAAUAUCAACUCUUUUCGUUGGCUGUUGUAGCUAAAAGCGUCGGUGAACUCGUUGGACUGGUCGAUAAACUCCUGAUUGUAGGAGUCAUUGCUUGGGUUCUCGUUCUCUCUGUCUUGUGUUGUUGUCCUUUAAUCAGGGCUAUCAGUUAACAGCCAGAUUGCUCACUUAAUACCACAAAAGGUAUGAAAAUAUAUGCAUCAUUGGCGGGAUUUAUCCGUAUUCAUAAUAACAUUUAUAGUGACUGAUGGAAAUAGAGGUAAAGAUUUACAAAACCUAAUCUAGAAAUUGGGUAGAUAAGUCAUUCUUCAUGCAACAAGUGUUUCCUUCGGGUAAUAAUGGACGCUUAUGAGAAACAUUCCAUUUAUUCAAAAGGAUCGUUUUUACUACAUUUGACGUUCGGUGGAAAGUUUAACAUUCAAGAAUUGAAAACAUUCCUCAAUGAAAUGCAGCCUUCUAAUAGGCAUUAUUGUAAAGUGUCUUAUAAAAAAGAUGCCAUAAAAACGAAUGUAUAUAUAUUUGAAAUGCAUGUUUGUCAUUCAACUCUAUGCAUUGUUUCCAUAAAUACAGAAUACAUAGGUCAACAGUGUCUCUAUACGAAAUAGUAAGUGUAUCUGUAAAAUGCGUGUAUACGAGUAGCGUCUUGGAGCUGAUGAAUCUCCUUUAAAUGAAUGACUGCAGUAAAACAUUAAAAUCCAGGUAUAAAAUCUACUUCUGGCAAUUGUAAAAAGUUUUACUUUUUUA